UGCAUGCUCUGUAGCUGGAGAUACUUGCUGUGAAUUCCAUUCUACAGAGCAGUGUGUAUCUUGCGAACACUUAGAAGCCUGAUCAUGGAUUUUGUAUGGAAAGACGUUUCUCAGUCGCUACAAGAAUAGUAGUGCACUUUGCGUCGAGCAAAGAACAUUUGGCUGAAUUAGAAGGAAGACGCUGACCCAGAUUGCCUGCAAGCAAACGUCAAAAGGACGUCACGCCUGUGAUACCCCACCUGUCUAUCAAUCUAUAUUUGGGCAGCUAAUGUCCAAAACAAACCAACACCGGAAACUGUUGUGAAGCGUGUUAUAUGACACGUCCUGAAGAAGGGGUACCUGACUCCAGCCCUGCCCUAUGGGAGGAUGCAUCUCCCCGCUGACCUCUUAAACUGUCCACUCAGCCUCUCAGCGCCUUCACUCUAAUCACUUCUGAGAUUUUCAGUCACAGGGUCUCAGUCCAAUAGAACAACCAGCUGGCCUGACACCUUCUGGGACCAGAGUCAGGCAUCACUGCUAUAAAGUAUUACAAAGGAUCGCCCUGGCCUCAGGGGACUGACUGGGGCUCAUAUCUAUAACUUGUAAAUAUUCCGGAGAGCUCCACAAACAUAUCUCUCCUUCCCAGACCAGAGACUGUUGAUGUGGCCAGCUUGCGCAUCCUCUCUCAAGGCAUAAGUAGGAGGGUGAAGACAAAAAAGGAAAAGAAAAAAAAGAGGAAGGGAAAUUGCAUGACACCUAAUGCAUACAAGAAAUACAUUGUAUCUAUUUCUGAAACUUAUUUUUGUGUAAAUAAAAAGAAAUUCUGUUUUAGGUGGCUGGAGAUAAGUCUCAAUGCCCUGUUCUAUUUGGCAUGAUUGGGAGGGAGAUAAGGACAUCACGGUGAUGAACCAGAGGGACGAGAACUGAAUCCCAAUCAGCUGCAAACAGCCCUGAGCCAGAGCAAGAUCUGAGAGCAACACUGACAUGGAGAUUUUACAGGAAGGGAGCCUGUCCCAGGAUUAGGUCUCACGAUUCAUCAUUUCAAACAGAUAACAAAGAGCAAGCAAUGGACAGCUGCCAGCACGCUCAGACAAAAAAUAACCCCAGGCCUGGUUUAAAUCAAGAGAACUUCUGGUAAGGUUCUUUUCUAUCUGUGAACGGAGGUGCAAGGGCUGCUGGGAUGGAUCCGGACAAUAGUUCGGAGGACCUUCUCUAUGAUAAUGCCACUGAGAGCCCAGUUGAGGCCCGAUCACCCUGGGACGAGACCACUCUGCUGGGCCUCCAGAUCUCACUCUCUGCAGUCCUGGCAGUGGUUACCCUGGCGACGGUGCUGUCCAACGCCUUUGUGAUCACCACCAUCUUCCUCACGCGGAAGCUGCACACGCCGGCCAACUUCCUGAUCGGCUCGCUGGCGGUGACGGACCUGCUGGUGUCCAUCUUGGUCAUGCCUAUCAGCAUUGUCUACACGGUGAGCAAGACCUGGUCCUUCGGCCAGAUCAUGUGUGACAUCUGGCUGUCCUCUGACAUCACCUUCUGCACCGCCUCCAUCCUGCACCUGUGCGUGAUCGCGCUGGACCGCUACUGGGCCAUCACGGACGCACUGGAGUACUCCAAGCGGAGGACCAUGCGUCGGGCUGGGGUCAUGAUCGGGGUGGUGUGGGUCAUCUCCAUCUCCAUCUCCAUGCCUCCUCUUUUCUGGAGACAGGCCAAGGCCCACGAGGAGCUGACGGAGUGCAUGGUGAACACCGACCAGAUUUCCUACACGCUGUACUCCACCUUCGGCGCCUUCUACGUUCCCACUGUGCUGCUCAUCAUCCUUUACGGCCGCAUCUACGUGGCCGCCCGCUCGCGGAUCUUCAAGUCGCCCGCCUCGUGCGGGAAGCGCUUCACCACCGCCCAGCUGAUCCAGAACUCGGCAGGGUCGUCGCUGUGCUCCAUCAACUCCUCCACCGCCCAGGAGGGGAGCCUGCAGCCGGGAGGGGGCAGCGGCGGGUCGCCCAUCUUCGUCAACAAUGUGAAAGUGAAGCUGGCGGACAGCGUGCUGGAGAGGAAGCGUCUCUGUGCGGCUCGGGAGAAGAAGGCCACCAAGACUCUGGGCAUCAUUCUGGGGGCGUUCAUCGUCUGCUGGCUGCCCUUCUUUGUGGGCACGCUGGUGAUGGCCAUCUGCAAGGACUGCUGGUUCGACCCCGUGCUCUUCGAUGUCUUCACCUGGCUGGGCUACCUGAACUCCUUGAUCAACCCCGUCAUCUACACCGCCUUCAAUGACGAGUUCAAGCAGGCCUUCCACAAACUCAUCAAGUUCAAGAGAUGCUAUUAGGAGAGAA